GUAUCAACUUUCUUUCCCCCAUCCAAACCCCUCUUACGAAGCGCCAAUACUCUUGGCCAUGACCCCAGACAAGAACGAGUGAGCUCUCUGAGCCGACGAUGGGCUCAAGAUCGUUUGCGUUCAAUGGCUUCCAUGGACGAAGACGACGGGGAUGAUUUUGACAAUGAGGACUUUGUGGAAUCGUCAACUGUUUGCCUUCGACGUCCCGCUGCUAUGGAUAGGCGCCGUUUCAACCGACAGAAGUUGGCCGAAUCGCAGGAACCUCAUUCUGUCCACAGAAUUUACUCCUGUCGCUCACCCGAGGAGAGGAAUUUCUGGCUAAAUAAGCAAGUCAUCUUUAUUAUCUUGCCAAUUCAUGCAACUUUAAUUAUUGUAAGAUAG